AGCCGCUUACUUAGAAUUAGUUUUACAAAAGCGACGGCUCAUAGGAAUGACGAAUGCCAGACGAAACACAAUGUAGCUGUGAAACGGGAGGUGAUAGCGAUGGGAUGGGGGCCUAUUCAAUGCUGACAGUUGGGAUUUGCGUAACGUCAUGUUUGGAGGUUGGACAUUAUAUCACACCUAGAAAAACAACCUUGUUAUGUGAGUUGAUGCAGACAGCUGAAACUGAAAAUACUGAACUUUGUCACAUGUUACAUUUGCAACGAUAACAAGAGCUGCAGAUAUGUGACCAAUGAACAAAUCUGUAGAGAGACGUAAAGAGCUGUGUGACUGUAUCUCAUCAGAAUACAUUUCAGAGGACGUAGAUGUGUUUUAUUGUAAGUAAGUGACAGAAUAUUUUGAUCACAUGACUUGCGAUGGCAAGAUACAACUGUCCCUUUAGCUGAAAAUGUGCCGUCAUAACAGAAAAUAGUGCAAAAUCACACAUAACAGAUUUGGCGAAAUGAAAUACAGCACACAGCUCUUGUACCUCUCAAAUAUGGAGAGUGUGAAACUUGUGCAAGUCUUUGUUUGUCCCUCUGCUUGUAGCCGGUUACAUGCCCAUUUCGAAGUAUUUUAUUCAAGGUACGUCAGUGGAGGCCCAUUCCCACAACACACUGUAAUGUAGACUAAAUCCAUGGACUGGGAUGAGGGUGGGCGGAAGGUGGUAAUGUGGGGGAGGUGGCCAAGGACCCACAUAAGAGGGGGAGGAAGGCCGACUACACAAUUGUGUAUCUGACCGGGCGAGCUUGAGCUUGUCCUGGAUAGUCGUGGAAAAGUUUGCUACUAUUUCAUUUUCUUCAUGGCUGCUGUUCAAACAGAAGUUUCCCUGUGCCCAAGUUGGCAGAGGCCCUUGUAUAUCUAUGGGGGGCUGGUAUGCAACUCACUGAUGGCUGACUACUGGUCGGACAGGACUCCUCUCCACGAGGCUGCCUACCAGGGCAGACUGCUCCACCUCAGAAGCCUCAUCGCUCAGGGCUUCCACUUGGACACACUCACCAUGGACAGAGUCUCUCCCCUGCAUGAAGCUUGUCUCGGUGGACAUUAUGCAUGUGCCAAGUUCCUGUUGGACAACGGUGCAAAUGUGAACACAGUAUCAAUAGAUGGUGCCACACCUCUCUUCAACUCCUGCAGCAGCGGGAGUUCUGCCUGUGUCAGGCUCAUUUUGCAGCACAGUGCCCUCAUCAGCGCCACCUAUCAGCUGGUAUCGCCAAUACACGAGGCCGCAAAGAGAGGCCACAGAGAGUGUCUGGAGCUGCUGCUGAGCUACGGAGCACAUGUUGACAUGGAGCUGCCAGUAGUGGGGACUCCGCUGUAUGCUGCCUGCACGGCGGGGGCCGCUGUCUCCGUGGAGCUGCUGCUUCGCACAGGAGCAGACGUUCAAAUAGGGUGUGGACAGGACAGUCCUUUACACGCUGCAGUUCGAUUUGGAGGAGCCGACAUCGUGGACCUCCUGCUGGACUUCGGAGCUGACGUGUGUUGUAGGAACGCAGAGGGAAAAACUCCUCUGGACCUGUCAGCACCAAACAGCCCAGUGAGAACCAAACUACAGUCAAGAGGUCCUUACGCUCUGUCUGAGCUGAGUCGGUUCUGUAUUCGCAGACGUCUGGGAAGGAAUCGUCUGCACAGAGUGUUCAGCCUGUUCAUUCCUCACAGUAUCCAGGACUUCCUCCUCUACCAAUGAAGCAUCUCCAGCUUGCUUGUGUGGCUCACAUUGAUCCAGGCCCUACUCUGACCUAUAAGGCAAAACACGAGUGGGCAAAGACAGUCACAUUUAGAGAAUUAUAGCUUUCCCAGGCGGCACGUUGAUGCAGUGGUUAGCACUGUCGCCUAAAAGCAAGAAGGUCCUUGCGGUGAAUCCUGGCUCGGCCGGGUUCUUUCUGUGAGGAGUUUGCAUGUUCUCUCUACAACUCUGGGCGUUUCUCCGGGUACGCCCACUUCCUGCCAAAUGGCCGAAGACAAGCCGCUUAGGUUGUUUGGCAAUUCUAAAUUGUCCAAAGGUGUGAAUGGCUGUUUGUAUCUGUAUAUCAGCCCUGUGAUCCGCUGGCGGCCUGUGAAAGGGUAUAACCUGCCUCUCGACCACUGUCAAAGGAUGGAUGCGUUUAAUAAUUACUGAUCACGAAGAGUUCAGAGAUCAGUUGUAUUCAUAUUGUAGCCACUGUGAUGUAUAUUUAUACUUUUAAGGAAAAUAACUGGAGGUUGAAUAAAUAUAAAAACAAAUGAAGUGGAAUUUAACUGAUUUUACAUAUCAACACCUGUUUACAGUUGUAGGGGAGUAAAACUGCAUAUGCAAAAAAGCUGCAUAAAAUCUUUUGGUGGCUCCAGGGAGUUUGGGUCAACAGUGUAAAGUUUUUCAAACUGUCUGGAAAAUUUAGCGUGGUGGUGUGGAGAGAAUAGAGCUCAACAAGGGCCUGAUAUCCCCCGCCAUGUCUCUGCAUAAGGCAAGCAGCUGGGAGCCACAUUAGCCGUGGGUAGAGCAGAUGUAUGAAAUGUUUUCUUUUUUUAAGUUGAUAUUGAUAUAAUACACAGUGGUCCUAAAUCUACACUUUGAUAUUGUAAUACAGGUUUUUACAGAAUGUGCACACCCCUGUAUUCACUGAGUAAAU